CUAUUUUAAUUAAGUUAUCAUCAGAUUAGAUAAAACAGAUACGUGCUCUUAUCUAUAUCCAGUAUGUUCUCUCAGUGAAAAAAGUGUACCAAGCGCGAGGGAGAUAUGUGUUUAAUAUAAAUAGGGUCGUGUUUGUUUCAUGAACAGAAAUGGGAGAAAAAGCAGUUGUGUUCCUGAUCUGCCUAGUUCUAUGCUUCCUGCGGGUGCAAAAUCUACCCCUAAUUUGUUCCCAUUGUGACUGCUCCAAUAUAAAUGCCACCUACACAGAGGUUAUUUGUCAGACGGACAUAAAACAAUACAACACCUUAUUAUUCGAAAACUCAACAGAAUCCAAUAAGACAUCGAACAAUGACGACGUGAAUUCCAUAUCAGACCUGUCCAUCAAGUUUAAUGAUCUAACCGUUCUGAGUAAUGUGUUUAGAGUAGACAAUGUGAUCAGGCUCGAUCUGAGAAACAACAUGAUAUCAGAGUUGGCUGACAGCGUCUUCAACAGACUACAGAAGAUGGAGACUUUGAUCUUGAGCCAAAACAACAUCGAAGUUUUAAAACCCGAUGUUUUUAAGGGCCAGUAUAUGGCUGGAGAUUUAUACCCUUUGAAGUCCCUCCGCACCCUCAUAUUGGACCAAAACAAACUUCACUCCCUCAAUGCAGAUCUUUUUGAGCACGUCGAGAAGAUAGAGUACCUCUCGCUUGCCCGCAACCCUUUAGAAGUGAUCGACACUCACACAGCAAUAGCAAUAACGAAUUUGGUGAAUUUGAAGUUUUUAGAUCUGAGUUAUACGCAGCUAAGCUCAAUACCCAAGUAUUUCCUGCAUACACCAAAGUACUUAAAGGUGCUCAAGCUAUCCGGCAAUUCCUUCACUGAAGUCCCUCGGGAGCUGGCGGAGGCUCACUCUUUGGAAACUUUCGAGUUCAACGAUAACGCUAUUGAAGAGUUAACGAAUAAGAACGGUUUUCCGAAACUACCAACUAUCCGAGUACUACAUCUUUGCCAGAUGGACUCUUUGACCAGUAUAGGACCUGGUUCUUUGGCCAACCUUACCAACUUGCAAGAGCUCUACGUAGCUGGUAAUCCAAAAUUGACUAGGAUAGACGAUGCAGCCCUUUCCACUCCUGAUGCUGUUGGUACCAUGAAUACAUGGCCCGAUAUCAAAAAGUUCUAUCUGAACGAUAAUCAGAUAUCCUACAUCAACAAAUCCUUGUUAGCACACUGGGAGUCUUUGGUUGAACUUGAUCUUCUGGACAACCCGUGGACUUGCGAAUGUGAGAAUCAGUGGAUAGUAGAGACGUUGAUGCCUUUAUAUCUCAAGAUUGACGAGGAGAAGGCCAAGGCAAUGAAAUGUGCAGCCCCUAUAGAAAUGAUAGCUUACACCUUCGAAGAGCUUCAUGAGAGAAAUUACAACAUGAGGUGCCUAGAUUAUUACGGCGCACAACCUGACCGAGAUGCUGCACUCAUAGUAGGGAUGCUAGCAGGACUUCUUCUUGGAAUUCCCUUGGUCCUAUUUUGUAUAUACUCUUACAAGAGACAAUGGUUUGGUUACUUCGAUGAUUCACCAGCAUCUUUUUCGAGACGGUUUUAUAAAAGGGCUGACGAUAUAUACGAAUAUUGAAUUUAAUUAGUUAAAUAAUAUUUAAAUUUUUUUAAUUUCUAGUUUUGUAUUUUUUAGGUUUAGGUUCUCGUGAAAGAUCAUCUUUUUACAAGAUGUGAUUUUUUUUUUCAAAUAUAGGUUUACAUUUUGAAGUAACAGGGAUUUAAUACAAAAACGUUUGUCUGUGACAAUGUAGUAUCUGGAGAAUUAUAACGAAUAUAAUUCAAAUAAAUCUUUUUUAUCGUAAA